AUGAGCUCCUAUACUCCGCUCCAGAAGUCAAGCACGCCCCGAGAUCAUCGCUUCUGGUACGAUGGCUCUACUCAUAUCCUCUCUAUACUGCUUGCUGCGACUACGGUAGCUCUGUUUCCGGUGUUUUCCUAUUCACCGUGGUCUAUACCAGCGACAUACUCGUUGAAAACAACGCAGCAAUAUGUCAAUUUCGUUGUCAUUGCGGUGGCAUUGUUGGUUUCGGUGAUUUUCUCGCAUUGUCUCUCAAUCACCAACAAUGUCGAAGCCUCAGCUGAAUUCAAGGAGGGGACUCUCACAUUCGCCCGACUGGAGACCCGCUCAGGAGUGUCGAGGAAAGAUGUUAUUGGCCUGAUUGGACUGUCCUGGCAUAAUGGACCUCUCUGGAGGGUCUCUGGGCCUUGCGCUAUCGCAAUAGCGGCAUUCAGCACCAUGUCUUGGGUGCUGUCUCUGAUCUUUGUGAUUGAUGCACGAUUGAUGCCAUACUCGAACAACACCUCUAAUGUCAACUUGACUCUGGGCAUCGACAUACCGGAAUUCCCAGAUGCCUGCAGAGAGUCUUUGACGGCCGCAAAUUGCACAUACGGGCUGGCAUCCAGUGCCUUGACAUCGCAGCUCAUCACACAUACCCCGUUCACGUUUGGCAACGUUACAUUUUCUGGACCAGAUGGAACUCAAGCUUUGCCCGUUGACGCCAUGAAGCAUUUCGCCAAUCAAACAUUAUCAAGCAAGUUUGGCAACGAGGAGGCUCAAUACUGUCUGCCUGUUUUGAAACCGAACCUUGUGACCUGCGCGCCUGUUGACGAUGACAGCAGAGCGAAAUACACAUACAUCACUUCACGCCCAGACACCUAUCUCGGAAUCACAUUGGACAUGUAUGAGAUCAGCAUCAACCCAGACACAGAUUACAACCAGACUUAUGUGGUGACGAGCCAGAACAACGGGACCAUGGUUGUUUCCCGUAGCAAGAAGCCUGAAGACACCUCUCUCACGGUAUUAACGGGAUCGGGUCUUUACGCCGAUAUUCUGUCACGGUUGACCACUGGCAACCCAGCACCGUACACGAACGAGACCUACAACGAGACACAGUUCACCGCGCUCUGCGAUGCACCUUACAAUGACCAGACGUACUCCUGGAAAUGGGUCAACUUUACGCUCAAUGGCGGUGUCAUGAGUGCUAAUGCCACCAACCAAACUUGUCGAGAAAACGGCAAGAAGAACCCCAUGGGAUGGCUCGACUAUGCUUUCGAGAAAGCUACGCAGUCAAACAACGUCGGCGACGGGUACAGCAAACUUCUCAAUACGGAUUACCUGGCCAAAUCUGGUCCAGAUUAUGAUCGUAUGGUGGCCUUCGACAUGUCACCGCUUGAGUAUAUUCUGUCCCAGAUCGUGGCCAUUGUUUUGACUGCGUGGAGCGCGACCAACCCGGACAUCGCUGGAAGCACUCCCAUCAGCCACAAAACAUACGAACAUCGGUAUGUAGUAGUGGUCGAGAUCAAAGAUGUUACGAUCCUCGCGUUGUGUAUGGCCUGUUUGAUCUUACUAUGCACCAUCUUGCAGGCCUGGCGCUGGCUGCGAGCGUCAUCUGUGGUGCGAAGAAGAGAUCGAAAGGGAGACGCGGAAGGGCUCACGGAUCCAUCGUGGGAACUCAUGGAGCCGAUGCAUCUUCUGGCCUAUGGAGCGAGCGCAUCAGAAGGGAUCUCAAAGCUUGGUCUGGCUCAACAGAAAUGCAGAGAAAGGUUACUGAGAGACCGGAAUGGCCCCAUUCUCGGAUGCGGGCCUGGGACAUUACUGCCCAGCUCCAGUGUCGAGAUGAGGAGAUCUGCUGAGCAUGGGAGACACAGCAGCACAUCCAGUCUUCUGCAAGUCGGACAGGAGCAGCCGCCAAGAGAUAUUCUCCCAUGA